AUGAACGCCGAGACUUGCGUGUCCUACUGCGACUCCGCGGCCGCUGCCAUGGAUGCCUACUACAGCCCCGUGUCGCAGAGCCGCGACGGCUCGUCGCCUUUCCGGGCGUACCCGGGUGGCGAUAAGUUCGGCGCCGCUUUCCUCGCGGCCGCAGCCAAAGGGCCGGGCUUUGGCGACGCCAAAAGCCGGGCGCGCUACGGCGCUGGCGGCAGCGGCGGAGGCGGCGGCGGCGCGGGGCAGCAGGACCUGGGGGCGCCUCUCGAGGGGGGCCCCGGGGCUCGAGGCUCCUUUAACAAGUUCCAGCCGCCACCCCAGCCGCCCGCUCCGCAACCCCAGGCGCAGCCGCCGCCGCCGCCGCCACCACCGCAGGCGCAACCCCAGCCUCCGCAGCCGCAGCCUCCGGCCCCGCAAUCGCAUCUCUACUUGCAGCGAGGCGCCUGCAAGACACCCCCAGACGCCGGCCUCAAGCUCCAGGAGGGCAGCGGCGGCCACAACGCGGCCCUGCAGGUCCCCUGCUACGCCAAAGAGAGCUCCCUGGGGGAUCCUGAGUUACCGCCCGACUCAGAAACAGUGGGAAUGGAGAGCACCUACCUCGGAGUGAAGGAGGCUGGCGUCAAGGGGCCCCAGGACAGGGCCAGUGCUGACCUGCCCAGCCCACUGGAGAAGGCCGACUCAGAGAACAACAAGGGAAAGAAGCGGCGGAACCGCACUACCUUCACCAGCUACCAGCUAGAGGAGCUGGAGAAAGUCUUCCAGAAGACUCACUACCCUGAUGUGUAUGCGCGGGAGCAGCUGGCCAUGAGGACAGACCUCACUGAGGCCCGUGUACAGGUCUGGUUCCAGAACAGGAGAGCAAAGUGGCGGAAGAGGGAGCGUUUUGGGCAGAUGCAGCAGGUUCGGACUCACUUCUCCACGGCCUACGAGCUGCCCCUCCUCACCCGCGCUGAGAACUAUGCCCAGAUUCAGAACCCAUCCUGGAUCGGCAACAACGGGGCUGCCUCCCCAGUGCCAGCCUGUGUGGUGCCCUGUGACCCGGUACCGGCCUGCAUGUCUCCUCAUGCCCACCCUCCUGGCUCUGGGGCCAGUGGAGUCACCGACUUCCUGAGUGUCUCAGGUGCUGGCGGUCAUGUGAGCCAGACGCACAUGGGCAGCCUGUUCGGAGCCGCGGGGCUCAGCCCAGGCCUCAAUGGCUACGACCUCAACGGCGAGCCGGACCGCAAGACAUCAAGCAUCGCAGCGCUGCGCAUGAAGGCCAAGGAGCACAGCGCGGCCAUCUCUUGGGCCACCUGA